AUGUUUCAUGAAGCCUUUGAGCGUUUCAACAUGAUGAUCAAGAAUUGCCUGCAUCAUGGAAUUGAACUUUGGGAGUUGAUGAAUGCCUUUCACGAAGGGCUAAGUGCCAAAGAUGCUCGUGAUUUAAUGUCCAUCACAAAUGGGACUUUCGGUACAAAUUACGAGAAUGAUGAUUGGGAGUUCUUGGAGAAAAUGGCAAUUACAUCAAAGAGGAAUGCUCAAGCAUCAAGGAGAGCACGACCGGCCGUCACCCGAACACAAGUGCAUGCGGUUGACGAUGGUUAUGUUCAAACCUCUAAUCAAAUUUAUGAUGUUUGUGCUAUUUGCAAUGAAAUAGGUCAUGUGGCUGAGAAUUGUCAAGGAGUAGUGGAUGGGCAAUAUGAGGAAGUUCAUGCAGUACAAGGUCAAGGAGGGGGUGGUAGGAACUACAACAUGAAUUCUAACACAUACCACCCCGGGUUACGAAAUCAUCCUAAUUUCUGCUAUGGGAAUGCGGCGAACCAAGCUAACCCAAACUUUCAAGGAGCUCAAGGGCAAUUUCAACAAACGGGUCAAAGUGGUUCGGGUCAAAAUUCAUCAAGUGGGAAUGAAGUCAUGGAUAUGCUUCGGGCGAUGCAACAAGAUAUGCAAAAGCGGAAUCAACUUGAUGAAGUUCGGAUGCAAAAGGAUGAGGUACAUGAUAAGAGCAUUCAAUCACUAACAACCCAAAUGGGUCAAUUGGCUACCGACGUGGCGGAGUUGAAGAAAAACAAAGGUCAACUUCCUAGCGACACUAAGGGGGUAGUUGAGGAUGUCACGGGUAAUGAAAGUGACGAUGAUGUUUCACCGGUUACACCUAAAGAAUCAAAUGUUAACAAACCAGGGUUGGGUGAAAAUGAAAAGAGUGAAAAUGAUAAAGGUGGACCGAGUCAAGUCUCGUUUCCAUCGGCUUUACUUGACCCGGGUAGGAAGAAUUUUAUUGCACCAAGAGGUCCCCAAAAAGACGAAUUGUGGGACAUGUUUAAACAAGUAAAAAAUCAAGUAUUACUUGACCCGGCUUUACUUGAUGCAAUAAAACAAGUACCCGCUUAUGCUAAAUUUCUUAAAGAAUUAUAUUUAGUCGAUGGAUGCAACCCACACGAGUACGAAGAGGAUGGCAUAGAUAUUUGUUUGUGUUAUUUUUUUGAACAGGUAAUCGAUAAUUGUAACCGACUUGCAUAUAAUCCGGGUAUGAUAAAACCAAUUGCACAAAACCCUUUGAUCGCACGAGCUGAAACUUGGACCGAAUAA